AUGGAGCAUACAGAGGCAGUACGCCACUCCUUGGAUAACAGAGAUGGCUCACUACAUUUGAAACAGAUUGUGUCAGUAAUUAUGGUACAGCUAAUGAUGCUCAGGUCUCAGUAUCAGCCCCUGGACAUGGAAGACAUUGAGAUGUAUGAUAAUGAGGCCAUGAUUGCCCCCUCAGUAACCAGUAGAAGAGGAGGGAAUGUUAAGGCUGACAUGAAAACUGGAGCGUUCGUGGGACCCCUCCUGCUGCCCGGGCCCGGCCUGCUCCUGACUGCCAUCUGCAAGAAGCUGGUGGUGGUGAGCGAUGGAGCAUGUGGCAAGACUUGCCUGCUGAUCGUGUUCAGUAAGGACGAGUUCCCCAAAAUGUACGUGCCCACGGUCUUCCAGAACUAUGAGGCCUACAUCGAAGUGGAUGGCAAGCAGGUGGAGCUGGCGCUGUGGGACACGGCCGGCCAGGAGGAAUAUGACCGCCUGCGGCCGCUCUCCUACCCAGACACCGACGUCAUCCUCAUGUGCUUCUCGAUGGACAGCCCGGACUCGCUGGAGAACAUCCCCGAGAAGUGGGUGCCCGAAGUGAAGCACUUCUGCCCCAACGUGCCCAUCAUCCUGGUGGCCAACAAGAAAGACCUGCGCAGCGACGAGCACGUCCGCACCGAGCUGGCCCGCAUGAAGCAGGAACCCGUGCGCACGGACGACGGCCGCGCCAUGGCCGUGCGCAUCCAAGCCUACGACUACCUCGAGUGCUUGGCCAAAACCAAGGAGGGCCUGCGCGAGGACUUUGAGACGGCCACACAGGCCACGCUGCAGAAGCGCUACGGCUCCCAGAAGUGCAUCAACUGUUGCAAGGUGCUAUGA